UCGUGCUUACGUAACUGAUACUUGCGGCGCGCGGGAGGCGAAGCUGUCGGUGCGAGUCGAGCGGGGAAGAGGCAUUCCCUCCUCGUUGCCGGCGAGCCGUGCGAACGGGAUGAUCGAUCGGGUGCGAAUGUCACCGGUCUCGUGUGAAUUUAUCUCGAGUAACAAUGGACAUGUCCAUUUUGAAGGGGAAAGCGGACUCGAUGCUGCCGAUGUUCAACGUCUGAUCGAGACGCCGACUGUGACGGAGACAAAUGCAUUACAAUGGCCGGACUACCUCGUAAUCAGCGCGGUCAUGUCGGUCUCUGUCUUCAUCGGGAUCUAUUAUCGAUUCAGCGGUGGUCGACAACGCACAGCCGCGGAGUACUUCUCGGCGGAGAACUCGAUGGGCAUCCUACCCCUCUCGAUCGCCAUGAUGGCUUCCCAUAUAUCGGCAAUUACCAUGCUCGGAAUCAGCGGGGAAUCUUACAUCUUCGGCGCGUCCAUCGUGAUCUUGUACGUCGCCGGCGGUUUAGGCAUACCUCUCAUCGUCUACUGCUAUCUACCAGUGUUUUUCGAGAUGAAGGUCGUGAGCAUCUACGAGUAUCUGGAAAAGCGAUUUGGGUUGUACAUGCGGCUGCUGGUGAGCACAGCUAACUUUACUGAGACGCUGCUACUGGCCGGUGUGAUGUUAUAUGCUCCUUCGAUAGCCCUCGAAGUCACCGCGGGCUUGUCCAGCACCACGAGCAUCGCAGUGAUCGCUGUAAUCUGCACCUUCUACUCUACGAUAGGUGGCAUCAAGGCCGUUUUGAUCACCGACAUUUUUCAAGGGGUGCUCAUGGUCGUCGCUUUUGGUACUUUAAUUGGCAUCGCUGCCGAUAACGUCGAUGGAGGAAUCGCCGGUAUCUGGCAGAUCGGGCGAGAAGGAGGCCGUCUCGAUUUCACCGAGUGGAGUUUCGAUCCGACUGUGCGGUACACAUGGUGGAAUCUUUUGAUCGGCGGGAUGGCGAUAGGUCUGUCCUUCUUCGCGGUGAAUCAGGUGCAGGUGCAACGUUUAAUGGCCGUUAGGGAUUUGAAGGUGGCCGCGAACGCUUUGCUAUUGUGCGGUCCUUUCGUCAUACUGCUGGGCGCUCUCACGUGCUUCACCGGUCUGUCGCUCUACGCGGUCUACGUAAACUGCGAUCCGGUGGCGUCUGGGAAAAUCUCGUCGUACGACAAGAUCCUGACUUAUUUCACCGCGGAGAGAUUGUCACCCGGAGUGAUCGGCCUGAUAGUCUCCGGUAUCUUCAGCGCCAGCCUAAGCACGGUCUCCGCGAUGAUGAACUCGUUGGCCGCGGUGGCGCUAGAGGACUACGUGAAGCCGCUGCAUCGGAAAUUGGGAAUCGACUUCGGCGAUAAGAAAGCUAUCUUCACGGCCAAGGCCUUCACUUUCGUAAACGGAGUUCUGUGCCUGCUGUUAGCUUUGUUGCUGCGCACGUUGGGCGGAUUAGUCGUCGUCGCUUUGGGUAUCGCCGGGGCUAUCGGCGGGCCGAUUCUCGGUAUCUUCACUCUCGGGAUGUUCAGCGAGACUGCUAACGAAACGGGAACCAGCAUCGGUAUGAUCACCGCUUUGUGCAUCUGCUUGUGGGCGGUUUUCGGCCAGCCGAAACCGCAACCGCUGAUGUUGCCCGUUUCGGUCGAAGGUUGCGCGAACUCCACGAUCGCCCAGAUGCGAUUAAACAGUACCGCGCUACCGGACAAGUCGUCGUACUUCUACUUGUAUCGUAUUUCCCACAUAUGGUAUAAUCCCAUAGGGCUGACGAUUACUAUAAUAGUUGGAUAUAUAGCAAGUAUUAUAAUACGGCUUAUUCGACCUGAAAAUAAUAUCGAAUACGAUCCAAGUUUGUUCGUGCCAUUUUUGGCUGCUAGAAUCAGACGGCGACGCCAGGACGCGGAGAAAACCACCGGCAGUCAGCUAUUCGUCCUGGAACCGAGCCAUAUAAGAUGAGAAGUUUGUAAUUAAAUGUGUGAUUAUUCGAAAACUAUGUGUUACUUCUUCAAAUCGAUGUAUAGGAUAUCGAUUCAACGUUUGACGUUAAAAUGGCAAUUGAUUGACUAUCAGUGUAAUAUAGCCAAGCUAUAAUAUUGAAUCUGAUUUCUCACGGAAUUAAAAGCACGUCAAAAGUUUGUUUGUGUUAGUACGUGACGGUACAUAGAAAAAAGAUUCCUUUAGAUUUAAUAAAAUUUCUUUAAUUGAAAU